AUGUCCAUUCAGAAGGAAGCAAAAACUGGGAUGCUGAACUUGUUCAGCAGGAAGACUGAGCUGAAAUCAGUGAUGGAAGUGAUGAUAAAGCGCUGCAGGAAUUACUACGAGAUCCUGGGCGUGCGGCGGGACGCCGGCGAGGAGGAGCUGAAGAGAGCCUACCGCCGCCUGGCCCUCAAGUUCCACCCCGACAAGAACCGCGCGCCCGGCGCCACCGAGGCCUUCAAAGCAAUAAGCAACGCUUUUGCCGUUCUGAGCAAUCCUGAAAAACGGCUGCGCUACGAUGAAUUUGGAAGUGACCAAGAGAAUGUCCACGCUGGCCACGGCCAGGCCAGGCACUAUAAUUAUUACGCAGAAUUUGAAGCAGACAUCACACCAGAAGAAAUAUUCAAUGUUUUCUUUGGUGGGCACUUUCCGACAGGAAAUAUCCAUAUGUUCUCAAAUGUAGCUAGAGAUGCUCACUAUUAUCCACGGAGGCACCGAAAUGAGAGAGCAUGGACACAGGAGCAAGAAGAAGAAGAAAACAGACCACAGAACUCGUAUUCCGCAUUCAUUCAGUUGAUGCCAGUUUUCAUAAUAAUAAUAGUGUCCGUUAUAACUCAGCUGAUGGCAACUAACCCACCCUACAGUCUAUUUUACAAAUCGUCCAUAGGCCAUGUUAUUAGUAGAGAAACUGAGAACUUGCAGGUGCCUUACUACGUUGAUAAAAACUUUGAAAAGAUUUAUCAAGGUUUGGAGCUUCAAGAGCUAGAAAAGACUGUUGAAAAAGAUUACAUAGAAUAUAUCCAGACCAGCUGCUGGAAGGAGAAACAGCAAAAAUCUGAUUUGUCAAAUUUGGCCAAGUUGUACAGAGAUGAACGAUUAAAACAGAAAGCAGAAUCACUGAAACUUGAGCACUGUGAGAAGCUCUCCAGUCUGAUUGGAAUGCACAAAGGGGGCUGACCAGGACAUACACAUUCUAUGCUUUUAUUUAUUGCUGUUUUAACUUACAUUUUAUUUUUCUUUGUAUAAAAAAGGGAAGGAGUCUAUUGUAAAGAGUCUGAAUACUUGAUUCCUUCAUAUAUAGUGCAGAGAUGGGCCAACACGAGCUGUAUAGCUGGUGUUUGCUUUAAUAUACUGUACAUUACGUUUGGUUCCAAGGACCAGUGACACAUAGUGUAAAAUAAUUCCCUGGGAAAUUCYCCUCAGUUUGGAACCCAUCUCAUGGUAGUUUGUCUGCCAUCCGAGCAGCGUGUGCUUCCCAGGAGAGCAGACAUAAUGUCCUUUGCUUUCUGUAUUUUAUAUGGACCUGCAGUUCACUCGAUCAUACUGUAUAGCUCUCAGCAUUAAGGUGUGCUAGCUCUUCCAUAAUGACCUCGAGCGGCYGUCCUUGCUUCUACAGCAGUUUGUAAUGAGAAUUCAGGCUGGAAGCGGGCAUAUUUCUUGCUCUAGCCUAAUAUUUGUUGCUUAAUUGAGAAGUACGAGGUACCUGCUUCAGGUAAGCUUUUGAGCAUGUUCCUAGCUCUCAUUAACAUCAAGGGGACGUAACAAGGUGCUUGUCUGACUGAAGAUMCAUGUCCGUUUGACUCCUUACUGAGGAAACCAGCCACGAUUGCAGCAGGAGCAGCAAGAAGAGAGUCUGUGCACGGGACUGAUUCCAGUGUCCACCAGCUGUAGGGAAAGGACAACUGUUACUUAUUUUCUUACGUGUUCUCAGUGGCAUAUUUUUAAGCUGGCUGUUCCGUUCUCAUUUUGUUUUCCAGCUCUUCUCCAGCUGUUACAGGGGUUCUGCUUGCUGGUACAGUUUUGAUGUAGCAUAUUUUUACUCUGAGCAGUUAUGAAUGUUUCACUGUAGAGAUUAGUGUUGCAAAGAAAAAGAUCUAUGUAGUAGCUUCCCGGGUUUUUUUGGACUCCUUUACAAAGCCAGAUGUUUACAGGAAAGUUGAGGAUGGGGCAUGCUAAUAAGGAACAGAGAGCAGAUUAUUACUAUGAUGAACAACAUUAAGAUCCUGAGCCAACUUUGGUGGUGUUGCUGGUGUGUGUUGUACYGGCAGCAGCAUCUAGUCUACCUGGAUCAGAUGAAAACUAACCCACCUAAAGUCCCGCUUGUGGAGAUCCCUAAAUCACGCUCUUKCCAGUGAGAUGAAAGGAAAAUGGGCAUGGCCGUAAUCCUGUGCACCAAGUGAAUUUGGGACCCUUUUCGCUAGGGCAUCACUUGGAGAAGUCYUAGCUCUGCCCAUGGCAGGAGGGAAGCUUGCGCAGGGCUGCGCACAGGGGAGCGUCAGCCUGCUCAGCACGUGUAGCUGCACUGAAAAUUUCAUUCUACUUCUUUUAAAAAGUAGUAGAAGGAAGGCGCUUUUUUGGAUGUAUAGAUACCUAUAAAACCUGUGGAAUGAAGUUUUCUACCCACCGACAUAUCCAARCAAUAGAGGCACCGGUGGCAGAGGCUUCUGCCUUCCCUCUCUAAUAUGGGGUUUUAGCACAGCAGCCGCUAAAGCGGUUGCUUGACCACCAUGACWUGUAAGUACGAGUCUACAACGACCUGAACAACGGUCUGUUGCUGCUCCUGUUGCUAAAAUUGCCYACAAAUAGUGGAGGAAGCCUUGGCUUAAAUAAACAAAGUACUCAAAAGGUUCUUUAAAAAUGCCAGAAUUAAAACUGUCUUUAAAAAACUCUGUCUUUAAAAAACUCACGCUCUGUGGGACUGGGCAUGAAGGUGCAACCACAGGCUUGUACUCUCUGCACGUGCCGAGGGUUAGUGCUUGUAUUUCACUUUUGCARCGCUGCUCUGAUAGUUUGUCUGUGGAAGAAAACGUGAGAUUUAGUUGUUGCRGAUAGAUAAACGUGGCAGAAAGGAAGAUAGGCAGCCUUAAUUCCGGUAUUUACCAAUUUUGAGUGCUUACUAUACGCGUGUCUAAAAAGCAACAACCUUUAAAGGUUGCUUUUUAAUCCAUGAAACAGCCUGUAGAAUAUAUUUCAAUUGUAUUAAAGCCUUUGGACUUCAUUCCAGGUUUGUUAUUUUUCCUUCCCCGUCAUUUCUUUGGCCCCUGUAAGGUGAGAUGGGGGGAACCAACACCGUGACAGGCCCAGUGAUGCACUGACACAACUUGAAUACUCCU